AUGCCCUUCUGCGCCGUCCCCGCGCCGCCCAUGUGGCCGGCGUUUGCGCAGGUGCCGCCGAAUGCGGCCAGAGCAGCCGCUCCGCCCGGGGUAACACCUGGAACGGCAACCUACCCCGGAUGGAGCCUGUUGCUGGAGGAGGCGGUGUCGCCCGUGGGGUGGCAGGCCAACUCGUCGCUGCUGCUGCUGCUGCCGCAGUGCCGCGGGAAUAUGCGCGGCUUCACGGUCAACGCGACGCUUGCCGAUGCUAUCACGCUCCCCGUCCGAGUGGAGUGCGUAGAUGUAGACACGGUGUGGCGGGACACGCAAACGGAUAUCGACUCAGAAGUGUAUGCAGGCCACUAUCAGGCGAAUCCUGAGCAAGCCACUAACGCGUACACAGCAGCCUUUGACUUCCAGGACACGGGCCCGACUCGUUAUAACCCUGUGAUUCAGUAUAACUCGUCGUACAACAACGCCAGUAUCGGCGGCACCCCCGCCACGCUCCUCCGCUUCGCUCGCCUCCUUAACCUCGCCUCAAACGCGUUUAUCAAGUCCUUCCAUGGCGGGGAUGAACUAAACACUGCUUCUGCACCAGCAACAGCACCAACACCAGCAGUAGCACCGGCAGAGAUUCCUUUGCUAUUUGUCAAAGACUUUCCAAAAGUGGAAACCACGUUGGGCGUGGACUUUGUAUCGCUCCUCGGCCCUCUCUUUUACAUGUGGGUGCUGCAGCUGCUCCUGCCAGUGAUGACCGUGGCACUGGUGUACGAGAAGGAGCAGCAGCUGAGGAUAAUGAUGCGCAUGCAUGGGCUCAAGGACGGGCCGUACUGGCUCGUCUCGUACCUCUACUUCCUCCUGCUCUCCCUCGCCUAUAUCUUCUUCCUUGUCGCCUUCGGCUCGCUCAUCCGUACGUUCCCCCUCUCCCCCUCUCCCCCCUCGUACUCACCCCGUGCACUGCAUGCCAACACUCUUCACUUCCUCCUGCUCUCCCUCGCCUAUAUCUUCUUCCUUGUCGCCUUUGGCUCGCUUAUCCAGCUCGAAUCCUUCACGCUCAACCCAUACGGACUACAAUUUCUCCUCUACAUCGUGCCAGCCAACACACAAAUCUUAUACUCAUCCCUUCCCCAUUCACCCACCCUCCCACCUUCUCCCGCAGAGCUGAAGUGCUUCACCCUGAACCCCUACGGCCUACAGCUCCUCCUCUACAUCGUGAGCGCCAACACACAGAUCGCACUCGCCAUGCUGCUCUCUACAGCCUUCGCCCACACGCGCCCCGCCACCGCCACCACCUACCUCUACGUCUUCACAUCAGCGCUCCUCGGCCAGUUCCUCUACCGCAAUCUGCUUGAGUCCGGCUCCUACUCUAGUGAGUAUCGCGGAAUUCCUUCCUUUUCUUUGGCGCCUUGCCACACGCACCCCCCCACCGCCGCCACCUACCUCUACGUCUUCACCUCUGCACUGCUCGGCCAGUUCCUCUACCGCAAUCUGCUUGAGUCCGGCUCCUACUCUAGUGAGUAUCGUGGAAUUCCUUCCUUUUCUUUGGCGCCUUGCCACACGCACCCCCCCACCGCCGCCACCUACCUCUACGUCUUCACCUCUGCACUGCUCGGCCAGUUCCUCUAUCGCAAUCUGCUCGAGUCCGGCUCUUACUCCAGUGAGUAUCGCCAUCCCAUGGCCAGGGAUGAGGUGAGUACAGGGCCCUUCUCUGGUGGUGACACGAAUUUUUUGUCGGCUAGAAAAAAUGAGUCGUGCUCUGACUCAACCACAUUCAUGACUGCUCUACAGCUCUUCCCAGCGGUCAUGCUCAACCACGGGGUAUACGACCACAUUCAUGACUGCUCUACAGCUCUUCCCAGCGGUCAUGCUCAACAACGGGCCACAUUCAUGACUGCACUGCAACUCUUCCCAGCGUUCGCACUCUACCACGGGGUAUACGAGUUAACUCAGUCGUCUUUAAUAGGCUCCUACCAGGCCUCUCAGGGCACACUCACCUGGGCCACCGCCGCCACCAAUGGCUACCUGACAGCUGUCGCGAUCCAGGCCGUCGAAUGGCUGGUGUUCCUGCUGCUCGCGAUCUACCUGGAUCAGGUGGUUUCGGCGGGUAGUGGGGUGAGGAAGCAUCCUCUCUUCUUCCUCCGCGGGUGCAAGAGCGGCUGCCGGAAGCUUCUUGGCUCGCUUAAGAAGGUGCUGCAAAGCUGCAGGCUUGGAGGGGACGCCCGGGUGCAUGCGGCCUUCCAGGAAGGUUCCUGGAGAAAUGAAGAAGGAAAGGAGUGGAAAGCAGGGGCGGCGGAGAGUGGGAAGGCGGAGUGGGGGGAAGGGGAGGUGGGAGGAGGUGUUGUGGGCGCGGGGCAUGGGACAGACGUGGGGGAAGAAAAGGAGAAGGCGAAAGGGUGUUUGGACCGAUUUGAUGUGGAUCUAGAGUCGCUCGAGGGGAGUGGCAUGCUGGGGCCGAACGGGGCGUGGGAGGAGUGCUUGGGACUCAACCAUCUCUCCUCUCUCCUCCCACCACCCUCCCUCUGCCCCUUGUCCAUCCCCCCCCCGCAGAAGCGCAAAGUGCAGCAUCUCCUGCACACCGGCACCACACCCGACCCCUCAGCACACCACAGCAUUCUCUGUGCCGGCCUCUCCAAGGUCUACCCCAGCAGGGACGGCGGGGCGCCCAAGGAGGCAGUAGCCGGCAUGUGGCUGGGGGUGGCGCGAGGGGAGUGCCUGGGCGUGCUAGGGCCGAACGGGGCGGGCAAGACAACAGCGCUGCGCAUGAUGAUGGGGUUUUUGCAGCCCAGUGGGGGGACGGCGAUUAUCGAGGGCAUGGGGAUUGCCGAGGAGAUGGACAGCAUCUAUUCGAUCAUGGGCGUGGCGUGCUUGGGCACUCUGGGGGCGAAUGGGGCGGGCAAGACGACGGCACUGCGGAUGAUGAUGGGGUUCCUGCAGCCCAGUGGGGACACGGCGGCUAUCAAAGGCAUGGGGAUUGCGGAGGAGAUGGACUGGAUUUACUCCACCAUGGGCGUGUGCCCGCAGCACGAUUCAUCCCUUUUCUCCCCUUUCCUUCCCCCUCACCCCUCCCUCGUUCCUAUCCUCUCCCCCCUCUUCCAGCCUCCUAUGGGAGCAGCUGACCGGUCGAGACCACCUUCUCUUCUACGGGCGGCUCAAGAAUUUGCAUCACUCUCAGCAGCCGUAGAGGCAUCCUUAUCAGGAGGGCACCAACUGAGAGAGGCAGACAAGCCAGUGCAGCAGUACAGUGGCUGCAUGAAGCAGCGGCGCCUUCUAUGGGAGCAGCUGACCGGUCGGGAGCACCUCAUGUUCUACGGGCGGCUGAAGAACCUGCGAGGCUCAGCACUAACAUCAGCCGUGGAGGCCUCCUUAUCAGGGGUCCACCUCCUGAAAGAGGCCGACAAGCCAGUGCAGCAGUACAGCGGCGGCAUGAAGCGGCGCCUGUCGGUUGCUAUAUCGCUUAUCGGAGACCCUCUUGUGGUGUACAUGGACGAGCCCAGCACGGGGCUCGACCCCUCGUCCAGGAUGCACCUGUGGAACGUGGUGAAGCGGGCAAAGAAGCACUGUGCAAUCGUGCUCACGACUCACUCAAUGGAGGAAGCAGACGCACUGUGUGACCGGAUGGGCAUAUUCGUGCGGGGGGAGUUCGUUUGUAUAGGAAGUGCACAGGAGCUCACAGCACGGUACGGGGGUCGCUUCAUCUUCACCCUCACCACUCCCGUGGACUAUGAAGCUGCAGCUGCACGGCUGGCACUGUCCCUGUCUGUCAACGCUAGGAGAAUAUACAACCUAUCGGGCACCCAAAAGUUUGAGCUGCCCGUGGAAGAUGUGAGGAUAUCUGACGUUUUUGCAGCAGUGCAAGCAGCCAAGGGGACCAUGCCCAUACAGGCAUGGGGACUAACCAACUCUACCUUAGAGGACGUGUUUAUUAAAGUGGCCAAGCAGGCCCAUGCUAAUGUGGUAUAA